AUGAUUCCAACAUCUCAACAAAAAUUUCCUUCCAUUAGUGAAUCUGAAAUUAAAAAAACUUUUGUGACUGAAGAACAUCCAAAUCACAGAUAUCCAAGUACAACUUAUCCAGUUCAACAAAAGGAAUUGCCAACUCAUAAGAAUAACUAUGAUCCAAAUCAAAUCAAUCAAACAGUAAUUGAUUAUGAUGAUCCCUUUCCAACUCUAAACGACGAAAACUUGCUACCAGUGCCUUUAACUAAAGUUGAAUCAAUUUUCAAUGAUAUAACAAAAAAGCUAGGUUUUCAAACCGGCAACUGUAAAAACAUGCUAAACCAUUUUUUGAUGCUAUGGGACUCCAGAUCAAGUAGAAUUGAUUCAAAAACUGCUUUAAUCUCUAUUCAUGCUGAUUUUAUUGGUGGAACCAAUGCCAAUUUUAGAAAAUGGUAUUUUGCUUCAAUGCUAGAAUUUGACGGUCUUGAAGAUUUAAUCUUACCUGACUACGAUAACCCCAAAGAACCCCCUACUGCUCCAGUUGAGCCUUCUGCUGACCUAAAAUUUAACAUCUCCGAUAUUAACAUAAACUCAAUAGAUUUAAUUGAAUCUGAGAUAAAAUUCCAAAAAUUAAAAGAAUUAGAAUACAGAUGGAGAUUAAGAAUGAAUUUAUACAGUUAUGAAGACUAUAUCACUCAAAUCGCUGUUUAUUUAUUGGUUUGGGGUGAGGCCAACCAAAUUAGAUUUAUGCCGGAAUGUCUUUGUUUUCUUUACAAAUUAUCCUAUGAUUAUUACAUUUCAAAUCUUUGCAAGGAAAGUGAGCCUCUAAAAGAAUACUAUUUUUUAAGCCAAAUCAUAACUCCAAUUUAUAAAUUUCUUAGAGACCAGGUUUAUAAAAUAAAUCCCGAAAAUGGAAAAUUUAUUAGAAGAGAAAAGGACCACAAUAAAAUUAUUGGAUAUGAUGAUGUAAAUCAAUUGUUUUGGUAUAAAGGUGGCUUAGAAAGAAUUAAAAUCGUUGGCGAUGAAAAAACAAAACUCAUGAGUCUAAGUAAAGAAACAAGGUUUUUAAAUUUACAUCAAGUUAAAUGGAAUAAAGUCUUUUAUAAAACAUAUUGGGAAACAAGAACUUGGGCUCAUGUUUUGACCAAUUUUAAUAGGAUUUGGAUCAUCCAUUUCUGCAUGUUUUGGUUCUAUACAUCUUUCAAUUCACCAACUCUAUAUACGAAAAAUUAUGACCAAACAGCAAAUAAUCAACCAACAGCUCAAGCCACAUUAUCAGUUGUUUCUCUUGGUGGAACUAUUGCCUGUAUCUUAGAAUUGAUUGCAACAAUAGCUGAAUUGUUCUUUGUUCCUAGACAAUGGCCUGGUGCUCAAAGUGUAUUUAAUAGAAUAUUGUUUAUCACAUUCAUGCUGAUUGUCAAUAUCACUCCAUCAAUCUAUGUUUUAGGAAUGAUUCCAGUAGAUGUUUAUUCAAAGGUUGCCUUUGUGAUUUCAAUUAUUCAGUUUAUUAUAGCAAUCAUAACCUAUUUUGUGUUUUCAAUUAGACCACUAGGUGGGUUAUUUUCCUCUUAUUUAUUUGAUAAAAAGAAACCUCUUCAGUAUUAUGCUUCACGAGAAUUUACUGCUGCUUUUCCAAAAUUAACUGGAAGAGGUAGAUGGUUUUCAUACCUUUUAUGGAUUUCCGUUUUUGGUGCUAAAUUUACUGAAUCAUAUUUUUUUUUAACUUUAUCACUUCGUGAUCCAAUAAGAAAUUUAUCUAUUAUGGAAAUGACGAGGUGUGUUGGUGAUAUAUGGUUGGGUUCAUUUUUAUGCCGUCAACAGGCAAGAAUAGUGUUGUUUCUUAUGUAUCUUGCUGAUUUGGUAUUAUUCUUUUUGGAUACAUACCUCUGGUAUAUCAUUUGCAAUUGUUUUUUUUCUGUUGGUUUAUCCUUCAACCUUGGUAUUUCUAUUUUAAGUCCUUGGAAAAAUAUUUACGUUCGUUUGCCAAAAAGAAUUUACACAAAAAUACUUGCAACCAAAGAUAUGGAAGUGAAAUACAAACCAAAAGUUUUAGUUUCUCAGGUCUGGAAUGCAAUUAUUAUUUCAAUGUACAGAGAGCAUUUGCUUCCACUUGAGAAUGUGGAAAGACUAUUAUAUCAUCAACAACCCUCAGAAAACCUAAAUAAAAGAACAUUGAAGACUCCAACAUUUUUUGUUUCCGAAGAUGACAAAAAGGUUAACACAGAUGAGUUUUUUCCUGCAAGAUCAGAAGCUUCUAGACGCUUAUCUUAUUUUGCUCAAUCAUUAUCAACCACCUUACCAGAAACACUAUCAAUUGCCGCCAUGCCCACAUUCACUGUUUUGAUUCCUCACUAUGGAGAAAAAAUUCUUCUUUCAUUAAAAGAAAUCAUCCGAGAAGAUAAGAAUUCCAAAAUAUCAUUGUUAGAGUAUUUGAAAAGAUUACAUCCAGUUGAAUGGGAAUGUUUUGUUAAAGACACAAAGGUUUUAUGUGAUAUGGGCGAAAAGACAGAACCAACUUAUACUCCAGUUAGUGCUUUAAGCGAAAAAGAUCUUAUUAAGAGAAAAAUCAAUGAUGUCCCAUUUUAUUGUAUAGGAUUCAAAGAUGCUAAUCCUGAAUUCACUCUAAGGACAAGAAUCUGGGCCUCGCUUCGAUCACAAACAUUAUACCGAACCAUUUCUGGUUUUAUGAAUUAUCAAAAGGCUUUAAAAUUACUAUACCGAGUUGAGAACCCAGAGUUGAUUGAAGAAUUCACGUUUGCUAUUCGAAAUAUUGAUGAGGAACUACGAAAAAUGGCGUGUAGGAAGUUUAGAAUAGUUGUUUCAAUGCAAAGAUAUAAAUCAUUUAACGAGGAAGAAGCUCAAGCUGCUUCCUUUUUGUUAGGAGCAUAUCCUGAUUUGUAUAUUUCGUAUUUAGAAGAAGUCAAACCGGAAACAGCAGAUGAUGAAGUUGAAUUUUAUUCUGUUUUAAUCAACGGUUAUUGUGGUAUGGAUAAUCAAGGCAAUGUGAUUCCAAUUUAUCGUAUUAAGCUAUCAGGAAAUCCUAUCCUUGGAGAUGGAAAAUCAGAUAAUCAGAACCAUUCUAUAAUCUUUUAUCGUGGAGAGUAUAUACAGGUAAUUGAUGCAAACCAAGAUAAUUACCUUGAAGAGUGUUUGAAGAUCAGAGCAGUACUAGCUGAAUUCGAGGAAUACGACUUUCCCGUUAAAAACCCGUAUAAUCGUUUUGAGGCUUAUGAAACAAAAAAUCCUGUUGCUAUAAUUGGUGCGAGAGAAUACAUAUUUUCAGAGAAUUCAGGUGCUUUGGGAGACGUUGCUGCUGGAAAAGAGCAGACGUUUGGAACAUUGUUUGCCAGAACCCUUGCAGAGAUUGGAGGAAAACUACAUUAUGGGCACCCUGAUUUUUUGAAUGCUAUUUUUAUGACAACAAGGGGAGGAAUAUCAAAAGCACAAAAGAGUUUGCAUUUGAAUGAAGACAUAUAUGCAGGGAUGACAGCUAUUUGUCGAGGUGGACGUAUUAAACACUGUGAUUAUUUUCAAUGUGGAAAAGGUAGAGAUCUUGGUUUUGGAUCAAUAUUAAAUUUCACUACUAAAAUUGGUGCUGGAAUGGGUGAACAAAUGCUUAGUAGAGAAUAUUACUACCUAGGAACACAAUUGCCAAUUGAUAGGUUUUUAUCAUUUUACUAUGCUCAUCCGGGGUUUCACAUCAAUAAUAUGUUCAUUAUUCUUUCAAUGCAAUUAUUUUUGCUCGUUGUGCUUAAUUUGGGUUCUUUGUCCAAUGAGUCCAUACUUUGUAUGUAUGACAAGAACGUGCCUAUUACUGAUUUGCAAUUACCCAUUGGGUGUUAUAAUAUUCAACCGGUUUUGGAUUGGGUUACAAUCUUCAUUCUUUCCAUUUUUAUUUGUUUUUUUAUAUCGUUUUUGCCAUUGUUGUUACAAGAACUUACGGAGAGAGGUGUUUGGAGAGCAUGGACUAGGUUUUUCCAUCAUUUAAUAUCAUUGUCCCCAUUGUUUGAGGUUUUUGUUUGUCAAAUAUACGCGAAGGCAUUGAUCACAAAUGUGACAUUUGGUGGGGCACAGUAUAUCUCAACAGGGAGGGGUUUCGCAACUACUCGUAAUCCAUUUCAUGUUUUAUAUUCAAGAUUUACCGUCACUUCAAUUUAUUCAGGUGCUUUAUUGUUUUUGGGAUUAUUAUUUGGAUCAAUAACUAUGUGGCAACCUGCAUUGCUAUGGUUUUGGCUAACAAUGAUUUCAAUGUGCUUGGCUCCUUUUAUUUUCAAUCCUCAUCAGUUUUGUUGGAGCGAUUUUUUUGUUGAUUACGGGCAGUACAUUCGCUGGCUAUCAAGAGGUAAUUCUAAAUGGCAUCAAAAUUCAUGGAUAGGAUAUAUUCGUUCAACGAGAGGCAAGUACACUGGUUAUAAGAAGAAGGAAAUUGGUGUGGAAUCUGAAAAGGAAGCGACCAAAAUAAUCAAAGCAAAAAAAAGAAACACAUUUUUUGGAGAAGUGUUUGUUCCGUCAAUAUUCUUAAUUUUUACUUUUUUUGGAUACUCCUUUGUCAAUUCCCAAAAUGGAGUGAAAGAUACAUCUCCCACUAAUUGUGUGUUGCGAUUGUUAAUAGUGACAUUUUCACCAAUUGUUGUUAACAUGGCGGUUUUACUCAUUGUAUUUGUUAUAUCAUGCACUUUGGGAACUUUGUGUAAUAUGUUUUUUAAAAAAACUGCCGCAGUGGCUGCUGCUAUUGUCCAUGGAAUAUCUGUUGUUGCACAUAUUUUUUCAUGGGAAGUUUUAUGGUAUUUAGAAGGAAUGAAUUUUUCGAGAACUCUAAUUGGUUUCAUAUGUUGCUGUUGUCUUCAAAAAGUGUGUAUGCAUUUUUUUAUUAUUUUAUUUUUGACCAGAGAAUUCAAAUUUGACGAUGUCAAUAAUGCUUGGUGGACUGGAAAUUGGUAUAGAAAAAGCUUGGGAUGGACAGCACCAAUAUCACCAUUCAGGGAAUUUUUCGUAAAAACAAUAGAGGCGACGCUAUUUGCUAGAGAUUUUGUUUUGGGUCAUUGUUUACUAUUUAUUCAACUACCAUUAGUGAUGAUUCCUUGGACAGACACUGUUCACUCUGUUCUCCUAUUCUGGUUAAAAGCUGGGGACUUUAAAAGUCCAAUCCUAACAAAAAGAGGAAAGAAAAAAAUAUCCAAAACUGUUACUCGUUAUUCGAUACUAUAUUUCACUAUUCUUUGUAUAUUUUUGGCUCUUUUUAUUGUGCCGGUGUUUAUGGCAAGAUUUGUCCCAGACUUUUCAAAGCAUUUGCCUUCUGAUAUUGCAAUUGGGUUGUUUCAACCUUUUGGGCAGGAUAACAAUGAUACUGGACCUAUUAAUGCUCCAGAGACAAUACCUAGAGGAAAACCAGUAGCAAGUAUUUUGAGCGAAAACUAA